AUGUCCGGCAAGCGCGCGAGGCUACGCUACGGCGCCUAUGCCAUCGCGAUCCUCAAGUACGUGAUCUCGGCGGCCUACUGCCUCAUCCUCGGGUACCUCGUGGGCUUCUCCCUCACAACCGAGCAGCUCGCCGUCCAAGUUUUCGCCGGCCCGACGCUGACGGCGCCGCUCUUUUUUAGCUUUGGGCUGCUCAAUCUCGCGGGCAUUCUGGAUAUUUUGCUGCCGCGCUGUUGUCGACGGCGGACUCUGUCGUCGUGGCGCUGUCAUCUCGAGUGGCUACCCUCGUUUGGCUUGCUCAGUGCACCGCGGCUCGCUUUGCAAGCCUUCGUGACGGCCGCGCAGGUGCUGCAGGCGUACCACCUUAGCGAGCGCGCCGUCAACACACACCUCGCUACCAUGAAUGCGAUUUUGGUCGGGGUCUCGGCGAUCGCGAGCUCGCUGCUGCUCUUGUAUGCAGCGUCGCACCCGGACCAAAAACACUAUUCCCUCUUCUUUACAAGUCUCUCGAGCUUUCUACUCACCACGGGGAUUGCCUUUGCGUUUGUCGUCGUUCCCGUCGGGUAUGUGCAAGUCUAUGACCUCAAGGCCAUCAACUCGCUCGCGUGGGGCACCGAGUAUACGCUCCUCAUCCGGUACCUCGUGCCCAACUCGCCACUGGAUUUGCUCGAGAAAAUGACGCUGCGCCUGGCGAGCUGGGUCAACGUCCAGCGCCUCCUUCGCGCCGUCGCACCCGACGUGACGACCACGGUGGCGGCGUCAACAAUGAUGAGCUUUAGCCCGCUCGGCCCGUCGCUCACUGCGGUGAAGCGAGCAGUGGACCGACCGCGCCGCCGACUCCUCUUCAUUUAUGUUGCUUUCCACAUGCUUCUCGGUGCGACCGUUGUUAUAUAUGCGAUCGUGCACGCCUGCCGACGACCCACCUGUCCGAGCGACUGCCGCCUCGCGACCGCGCCGUGGUUUAGCCGCGCGUGUCACUGUACCUACUACCACCUCGAGUGUUUCGACCCGGACGAUGCCGUGCACUUAUCCCCCGAGUUUCUCGGCCCCGACCUUUUCCACGUGCAGCUGACCGGGUGUCGAUUGGAGCACGGGUUCAAUCUCUCACUCUUGGCGCCGUUUGAAGCGCUCUUUGGCCUCACGAUUGAGUUUUCGAAUCUCACCGACUGGCCUCUCGGCCCAAACGGGUGGCCCGACCAGAUCAUGGCCGUCAACGUCCGCUACUCCAACCUCUCGGCGAUACCGCAAGCGUUGACGACACUACCGGCGCAGUGCAAGACACUAACGAUUGCGGGGAGUGCGCACCUGGACUCGCUGCCGGCGUCGCUCGUGUCGUCGUGGCGCCACUUGGGGUCGCUAAUUCUCAACAGCAACCAGUUGACCGCCGUGCCGAGCUGGCUCGGUGGGCUCACGGGUCUCGAGGUACUCGUGCUCUCUGGCAACCAGAUCCAAGUCGUUCCGGACACGAUGCUAGCAGCGAUGCCAUCGCUCACCUUUCUCAAGCUAGCUCAAAACAACCUCACGGCGUUUCCUAUGGACCUCUUUGCUUCGAGACCCGAGCUGGACAUGGAUCUGAGCAACAACCCGAUACCUCCACUCCCGAGUCUCCCGUCGGCGUUGGUGCGCGCCAUCACGUCGGGAUCGGUUGUUCUGGACGGCACGCCACUCUGUGCUUCGCUCGGGAGUGCUUGCAACGGCGGAUGCUCGCCGACCUGCUCCCGGUCCGAGCUCGGCGACCGUGUGUGCCAGCGCAACUGUUUCGACGAAGCUUGUGCAUGGGACCUUGGCGACUGCGCGGGCGGUGGCUCGCAGUGA